AUAUUUGCCUUGACAGUAGGCGCAGUUUUCAUCGUAGGUUUGUGUGUGGUCGUGUUUAGGAAUUCUUAUAAAGGAGUCAUUGUCUGAUUAGAUUUGUUUAAUCCUAGCAAAUCGAAGAAUAACAUGAGGCUGUGAUGCUUACCAAGAACAGCUAAGAAACCGAGCUUUUUAUGUAUCGAGCUGCAUCAAGGAAAGACGUUGGAAGGUGCUCUAAUAUUUGACACAUCACACACCCAGAUAUAACAUUGCUUUAAUUAAUAUAUCCUUAAUUGAUAUAAAUAUUCGUUAUCGACUAAGAUAACGAAAUGCAGGCCAUCAAGUGUGUGGUGGUAGGCGAUGGUGCCGUUGGUAAAACAUGUCUUUUAAUCAGUUACACGACCAACGCGUUUCCAGGCGAAUACAUCCCGACGGUGUUCGACAACUACUCAGCCAAUGUUAUGGUCGAUGGAAAACCUAUCAAUCUAGGUCUAUGGGAUACAGCAGGUCAAGAAGAUUACGACAGACUGCGGCCUCUAUCCUACCCUCAAACCGACGUAUUUUUAAUAUGCUUCUCUCUUGUCAAUCCGGCUUCUUUCGAGAACGUUAGAGCCAAGUGGUAUCCAGAAGUACGACACCACUGCCCUAAUACGCCUAUUAUCUUAGUUGGCACAAAACUGGAUUUGCGAGAUGAUCGAGUUACUAUCGAAAAGUUGAAGGAUAAAAAACUGUCACCUAUAACAUAUCCACAAGGUUUGGCGAUGGCGAAAGAAAUCAGUGCUGUAAAAUAUCUUGAAUGUUCAGCUUUAACGCAAAAAGGUCUAAAGACAGUAUUCGACGAAGCCAUUCGAGCGGUACUCUGCCCAGUAAUGCAGGUGAAACAAAAACGUAAAUGUUCAAUCUUGUAAUUAUAACAAAAUAUAUAAAUAUUAAGCAAAAAAGUGAAAACUAAAAAAUUGUUGUGUUAAUUUUGAACCGCGUUGCAUUGGAAAAAUGUUGGAAUAUAGUAAAUAACAGUUUUUUACAUGUGUUUUUGUACUUACAUUUCAAAAACAGAAUGACAAUGGGUUCAAAAUUAUUUAAAAAAAAUUGUAUACCGCAAAACUUUUUGGAUUUCAUUUCUGUGAAAGGAAACUAACCUAGAACAGUCAAAAUAUAGUGUUACUCGAUGGAUUCGAACAUUAUUUUGUAACUAAAACACCGAAAACUGCCGUUUUCUAAGUGUUCACAAAGUUUAGUUAACGAUAAGCAUUCAUCGGAUGAAAUUUUUACGUCGGGCAAACAGAGCGAUCAUUUAAACAACGCAUACAAGAGCACAAGAGUUCAUUAUCACACAAAUCCACUUCAGCACUUCACGUUAUAGACUACAAAUUUAGAAAACAGUGGUUUUUGGUGUUUUAUUUAUAUACAUACGUGGUGGAAAAUUAAUUGCGUGUAAAAAAUCCACUUGUAGAUUUCACAGAAAAAUCUUCAAAGCUUUGUAGCAUAUUCCAAAAGCACAAAAUAAAAUAAGAACCGUGCGUAUAUGUGAUUAUUUGUUUUUUUGAAUGAUUUUUAAGUAUAUUGCGAAGUUGUUUAUAAUUCUUUCUUGCAUUUAUCGGUCUGUCCGCUCUAACUGUCUCCUCGUUCUCUUAAAGCACACUUUAGAUAGUUUUAUUGAUCGCUUACAUUACAAAACUACAUUGAUUAUUUGUUUAAUUUUAUGCUCUCAUGGUCGUGCAGCGCUCCUAAUACUUGAAACUAUAUAGGGAUUCGUUUAACAAUAGAGGUACCAAGAUCUUAAAAGUCAAAUUUGAAUGACGAAAACUUUAAAUGACCCCAUACAGGACUCAUAACCUAACGUUUUACAGGCCCCUCAGUUGUUUUCCACAAAUCUUUUUGUAAGAAAUCAUUUUUACAUUAAAAAUGCUUUGAAUAUUACCAAGUUUUACCAGUCCUGGCAAAAAAUAUUUUCGCUUUUUUUCUGACUAACAUUCUGAAGUUGUUUAGGUGAUUUAGUAACGUUAAAUUGUGUAUGAACGUGAAAUGAAGCUAUUAUUUCAUUAAAAAUGUUUUAUUUCGAGUAAUUUGGCUCAGAAUAACCUCAAGAAGCACACAUAACCUAAUAUAACCUAACUUUUUAUGACUUCCAGUUGUUUCAAAUUUUAAAUGACGUCAUACAGUACACAUAAGCUAUAGUUCGUCCGCUAUAACUUUUCCCAUGCGUCACGAUUAAUUUUCAAACAAAUUAAGUCAAAACAUAAAGUGAAACGAACGUCGAUGUGUAUUAUACUGUAUACUUUAUACUACACACAUUGGCGUACGUUUCACUUUAUGUUUUGACCUAAUUUGUUUAAAAAUGAAUCGUGACGCAUGGGAAAAGUUAUAGCGGACGAACAAUACCAUUUUACAAGUCCUUUCACAUGUUUUAAUUAAAACGCAGAAUUGUUUCAUUAAAACAUGUGGCAUAUAUCUACGCAAGAAUCUCUUGUUAUUUUGGCGAGGAUGUAUAAAAUAUAUUGACCGGGCUGUCAUUACUUACCUAACUUUUUACUCAAACCUAUCAUAACUUUUUACGAUCUUCAUGUGUGAAUACAUUUUUGGACUUUGUGAGUGAUAGUUGCCACAUUUUAAAAGAUCGAAUUUGUCUAGAAAAUAUUUUGUAAUAGUUACAUGAUUUUUUUCCUUAAUUCGUCAUCCAAUAUAGAUUCUCUUCAUGUACAGCAAAACCUUAUAAAUAAAAUCCUUAUUGGAUGACCUCGAAAUUAGUAAACUAGUUAAAAAAGGAAAACGAGGAGACAAAAAAUCGUGUCAGACUUCAUAUAUAUAUCUAAUUCUUUAGUGGAUAUUGAUAAUGACGUCAAUAUAUAAGAAAAAUAAGAUUGUUAACUUGCCUGGCUAAAUUUUAGGUAAAGAGGAAAAUGUGUUCAAUAAACUUAUGAGCCUACAGGAGUAUACAGCCAGAAAAUAUUUUUUGUUCGAAUGAAAAAUGGUUUUUGGUUAAAUUUUUAAUAGUACAGUUAUUUGCAGUGACUUUAUUCAAUGGAAAUCCCAUGCAAAUAUGAUUUACUGGGACAAGGAACCACGGAAGACCUUAUUUGUCGCAAUUUUUCUCAUUUAUGAAGUAUUUAAGGGUGCCCCAGGUUUGUGCAAUAAAUUAAGCCAACAGGAUAGUUUUUUGUUUUGCUAGAUACAUUGUGGCCAUCUUUUUGGUGUACUUAAUUGAUAUUUCUGUAUAUUACAGAAUUAAAGAUCGCGGAAUGGGACAUCUGGGCGUCUUCGGCGGGGUCAUUUGGGCGUCGCCGUUUGGGCGUCGAUCCAAGUGGACGUCAGUCGUUUCGCCGUCGGAAUUAAUUGGUCACGUUAUAGGUUACUUCUGUUAGUUCAAUAAUUAAAUAGUUGGCUCUAAAUUUUACGUUUCUAAAUCUAAGGUUACUGAUGUUGCCAUUGUUACUUUAAAACACGCGCGUUUUAGAAAACGGCAUUGUUUAAAUAAACAAAAUAUAGUACCACUAUAAAACAUAUUUUAUUUGUAAAUACAGUAUUACACGUAUUACUCAAUAUUAUGUGUUACGCUCUGAGCUCGUAGGUAGAGGGGAUAAUUAAAAAUUCGCAAGCGCCAGUAGUGACAAGUCAGUGAACUUUAACUGGAAAUUUUUUUUAAAAGGCCGAAAGUUCCUUAGAAUAAACAAAAAGUUUCUUUUGAACGAGAUAUUUAAUAUUAAAAAUCACACUCUCUUUUUUUCACCCCCCGUAACUGAUUAAAAUAAACAGACAUUUUCAGGGACAAUGCAUUUAAAAAGAGUUGGUGCGAAAUUUUACGUUUACCCUCGUAUUUAAUUAUUUAAGUGCAAUAAAUGCAUAAUUUAAUAUUUAAGAAGUAUUAUACUACAACUGUAAUAAAUUAUUAUACUUUUUUGCAGAUUAAAUUUUUUCUAAUAUUAUCUGUCAACAUAAACUUCAAAACGAUAAGCAAAAUCUUAAAAAUAAUCAUAAUGAAUAAUAAAUUCUGUACUUACUGAUUGAUAUUAACUAUCGAUUACAUUCCAAUUACUUCUUUACGUUGUAAAUAUUACACGAUAAGAAUUAAAUAAUAAGUUUGAAACCAUUAUUAUUUGCUUUUCUCCUUUCCUCUUUAAAUUUCUAGCCGAAACAGUAAGUCAUUCGCUAGAUGGCGAUACCAGCCAUACCAGCGAAACUCACAGAGGAUAGGCAACACUUCUCUUUCCAGCGAAAUUUUCAUUUUGGUUUGAGAAAUCAGUAUAUCCAAACAGCAAUGAAAUGUAUUAACCCUGAAGUACGAUUCCAGGUCUGAAAUCCUCUCAUCUUCUAAUGACUCAACAAAAAAUCGCGUGUUUUAAAGUGACCAUGGCAACAUCAAUAACCUUAGAAACGUAAAGUCUUAGAGUCAACUUUUUAAUUAUUGAACUGACAGAAGUAACCUAUAAAGUUACCAAUUAAUUCCGACGCCGAAAUAUCUGACGCCGAAACGGCGACGCCCAAAUGUCCUAGUUCCUAAAGAUCAGUGGGUAGCGGAAUCUACCGGAGAUAGGAAUAAAUGUGUUGAUACUAUGCAAUAGUAAUCUAGAGACCCUUUAAUGAUUAGAUGUGCAGUUUCAGAUAUACCCUCAGAAGUCUACGAAAAGUCUUACAAACCAAAAACCAUUUUUCUAUAACAUUAGAUUAUUCUCGGAAUAAAGUUUCAGGUUUUAUGUAGAGUAUUAGACAAUUUUUAUUAAUGUAAAUAUUAAAAUGAGGCACUACUUACAGCAUAUACAGUCAUACUAUUGGAAAAAUGUUCAGACUUGGGCCGUAAACCAAAAACUAACAGCAAUGCCACAUUCACUGGAUUUACUGGUCAUGACGAUGACUUGGCAACAUGUAAUCUCUUAAUGUUCGAUAGAUAAAUACUCCUGCAACUUCAUUCUGAUAAUUUUAGUGAAAUCUAUUUGAUCUGGCUUAAUAAAAAGUUAGACCACCACUAUAACAAAUUUAGAGGUUCUCUUUAUUUCUUUAGGCCUGCGUUAUUUAUUUUUUUAAAGGAUAGAGAAUGCCAAUUUGUGAGAUUAUUUCUUGCAGCUAUAUUUUAUGAGAUUUUUACGUGGCGUUUUUCUAUUUACAGUAUGUGAAUGUGUCAAAGUAACUGUGUUUUUCAAAAAUUAACAAAAGAAAUUCAAAAUGUACAAGUGGACAAAAAAUAUUAAACAAAUGUAUAUAGUGUAUCUAUUUCUAAUCGAAUCAACAAAAUAUGAUCUUACUGAACAGAAUAUGAUGCAAGCUAAUAUUAAAUGCAACUCGUAUGUUUUAUUAUAUCCUAAACCAAAGACUUAUUCAUCUUGAAGGUGACUGUGUGCCGUCAUCUCUUUUAUUGAGACAAUUAGGACGUUUUUCGUUCUCAGCGGCUUCUCGGAAAUCCCUGGCUUACAGAAACGGAUGGUGACUAUAGUCACGGAACUGUCAAAAUUAAUUUUGUAUCUUAUAUGAAGCCUCAAACGUUUUGGAAAUAUUUCUUCUCUUUAUCAGGAACUGGAAAGAAGUAUAUGCCCUCAGUUUGUUAUCUUUCUCUAGAUGAUGGGAGGAAAAAUUUUUAAAAUACCUGUUUGUCAGAGUUUUAUUACUAUUAAGAAGAAUUCUUCAUCUUAAAGGUAACCGGGUGUCGUCAUCACUUUUAUUGACACAAUUAGGACGUUUUUUGAUCUCAAUGGCUUUUGGUGUGGACAAUAGUUAUAGAACUUUCAAAACCAAUUUUGUGUCCUGUCUAGAUCAUCAAACGGUUUUGAGAAGAUUUCUUCCCUUCAUAUGGAGCUGGAAAGAAGUAUUUGACACCUGUUAGUUAUCUUUCUCUAGAUGAUGGAAAGAAAAUCUUUUUGAAAGCUAUACAGAAGUCUUAAAAUACCUGUUUGUCAGAGUUUUAUCCACCUGUUAGUUAUAUUUCUGUAGAUGAUGGGAAGAAAAUAUUUUUGAAAGCUAUACAGAUUCUUAAAAUACCUCUUUCUUCAGUGUUUUAUUGCGAUUAAGAAGUCUUCUUCAUCUUAAAGUAACUGGGUGUCGUCAUCACUUUUAUUGACACUAUUAGGACGUUUUUUGAUCUCAAUGGCUUUUCACAAAUGCUUGGUUUACAGUGACAGGUGGGGAUAACAGUUAUAGAACUUUCAAAACCAAUUUUGUGUCCUGUAUAAAUCAUCAAACGUUUUUGAGAAGAUUUCUUCUCUUCAUCUGGAGCUCGAAAGAAGUAUUUGACACCUGUUAGUUAUCUUUCUCUAGAUUAUGGAAAGAAAAUCUUUUUGAAAGCUAUACAGAAGUCUUAAAAUACCUGUUUGUCAGAGUUUUAUCCACCUGUUAGUUAUCUUUCUGUAGAUGAUGGGAAGAAAAUAUUUUUGAAAGCUAUACAGAUUCUUAAAAUACCUCUUUCUUCAGUGUUUUAUUGCGAUUAAGAAGUCUUCUUCAUCUUAAAGUAACUGGGUGUCGUCAUCACUUUUAUUGACACAAUUAGGACGUUUUUUGAUCUCAAUGGCUUUUCACAAAUGCUUGGUUUACAGUGACAGGUGGGGACAACAGUUAUAGAACUUUCAAAACCAAUUUUGUGUCCUGUAUAAAUCAUCAAACGUUUUUGAGAAGAUUUCUUCUCUUCAUCUGGAGCUGGAAAGAAGUAUAUGACGCCAGUUAGUUAUCUUUCUCUAGAUGAUGAGAAAAAAUAUUUUAGAAGGGGGUAUAUAUUCUUAGAAAACCUGUUUUUAUUCCUGCCAAAUGUCUAUCAGCUAGUUGUUAAAAGAAAACGGUUAUGUGGCUGUUCUUCUUGUAGUGACUAUCCGUUUCGGAUGUUGGCGACCAUCAUGGCAAUCUAUACUUUGCAUACUGCUGCUCUAAAAAUGUGGCUGUGCAGCCUAUAUUUGAUUAGCUAGGAGUAGAUAAACUCUACAUAUUUUUUGCACUACGUACCAAUUCUUCGUUUAUUUGGAAAUCUCUUAGUGAAUAUCAUGUAGAAGAGAUACGUGUGUUAUAUAAAACGAUAAAAUGACAUUCCAAUUCCAAAAAUAAGGGAUUGAGGAGAAGAAAAAUAGAAUCUUAGUGAAAUAGAAUUAAUGGACUUAAAAAUGCACUUGUUUGACAGGUAUAAUAAAUGAUAUUGAAGAAAAUUAGAAAGAAUUACUUAAAAAAUAUAACAAAGAUGUCUUAAAUGGUAGAGGAUAGUGUAAGGUUUAGUAAUUAGUGAUAAAAUAGAUGGAUACAACACAGUAGACUUCAAAUUUUGAACGUAUGUUGCCAAAUUUAUGCCAAUUAGGAAAAUACAAAUGCCACUAUUGGGAAUAGUAACAACAGUAUUGUAGUGCCCUUUCAGGACACUUUAUUAAUAGAUUAAUACCAUAAGAAGCAUCACAUUCGAGCAAUUGAAGUGAUGUAGACGUUGCAUAGCAUAGAAAAAUAAAAAAAAUGGCGUUCUCUAUUUUUUCUAAUCAAACUAUUUUGGAAAUUUACUAUAUUAUAAUUACGUUAUGAUUUGUAGUGGUGAAUUUGGAUUCUACAGAAAAAGUAUUUUUUAUAGAACACUGAAAGUAUGUUAAAUUUUAAUUAAUAAUAUUAUUAAUUGGA